GAAAUUGUUCGCUCAGUAUUCGUCAACCUCGUGGCUAUAAUAAAGCUCGCGAAAAGUAAAUUUUAUGUAAAUUACAUAAUUUAUUAAUUUCCUUUUGUUUUUUUUUUGCAAAUAAACAGAAAAAAAAUUGUUUCCCUUUUUAAAAUUAAUAAUAUUACAAGAAUGACAAUUUUAAAAAGAUUUUUCUUUAUUGUCAUUCUCAUCAUUUGCGCCACGAUUCUGGCAGCAGCAGGGGCGAGAAUAGUACGUGACAUUUCAAAAGAGAAUGAAGAUAACUCUUUAGAUACAAAUACAGACUCCUUACGUCUUGUCACACUUGUUCUUCGACAUGGAGAUCGAACACCACAAGACACUUAUCCUAAUGAUCCUUAUAUUAAUGAUUCAAUGGAACCUUAUGGAUGGGGUCAAUUAACAAAUAAAGGACGAUUAAAUCAAUACAAUCAGGGAAUUUAUUUACGUGAACGUUAUGGGAAAUUUUUAAAAACAAAAUAUAGUCCGGACAUAUUUUGGUUACAAAGUACAGCGCCAGAUCGUGCCAAAAUGUCAGCAUUAUUAGAAGCCGCGGGUCUUUGGAAACCAGACGAAAAGCAAACUUUCAAAACUGGUUUGCCAUGGCAACCAGUGGCCUUGCAUUAUCAAUCGGACAACGACACGCUCCUUUUAAUUUGGUCAAGUUGUCCAGAUUAUCCACGUCUUCACAGUAUCGUUGCAAAUUCAAAGGAAAUCAAAGAUAUUGAGUCGAAAAAUAAAAAUCUCUUUCAAGAUUUAACUAAAUAUACGGGAAUGAAAAUUGCAAAUGCCGAUGAUGUUUUUUCCUUGUAUGGAACAUUGGAGGCUGAGGAAAAUAUGGGACUAAAAUUGCCCGAAUGGACGAAUAAUUAUUUUCCCGAGAAAUUAAUUGAAUUAAGUAAAUUGAGUUUAUCAUUGAAUGUUUAUAAUGAAACAAUGCGACAAAUGAAGAGUGGACCAUUAAUAUCGAAAAUAACACGUGCAAUGAGAGAAAAAUCACAAGGUAAAUUAAUGCCAAAUGAAAGGAAAAUGUUUAUGUACGUUGGUCACGAUUCAACAAUUGUCGCAUUAUUGGCUGGAUUGAAUCUUUGGAAAAAAGAAAUUCCCGGCUAUAGUAAUAUGGUGAUGAUUGAACUUCAUGAGGAUAAACAAGAAUGGAAUGUACAGAUAUUUUUCAAAGACUCAAUAACAAAAGCACCGCGUCCCUUAACAAUUCCUGGAUGUUCGCAAAUUUGUCCUUUAGAUAAAUUUGAAUCAUUAAUAAAAUCAAUGAUAUUAACGACAAGCGAAUGGUCAGAAUUGUGUCAAUUAAAGGAUCCCAAUUGGAAACCAGGAAAAGUUCCUUUACCUUAAAUAAUUCCUUUCCUCCCCCCCCCCCCCGCACCCUUUCUAUUCUCAAAUUUUAGAAAAAUUAAUUAAUUUUCUAUUUUGAUUUCAAAAAUUAAAUUAGGUAAAUCAAAAAUUUUUCAUCAAUUUUAAUAGACGAUUAUAAAUUUUUUCAUUCGGAAAAAAAAAUAAAGAAAACGAAAAUUUUGCUAAAAAAAACUUUUCUUUUUGUUUGCAUAAAAAAAAGUUUUCGUUUUCUUUGUUUCUUUAUUUUUACUUUUGAAACAAAAAUUUAUAUCGGCAAAAAAAAAAAUAGAAAUAUUAGAAAAUUUUUUUUUUUUAGUUAUAAUUUAAAAUUUUCAAUUUUUAUACUAAAAUUUUGGAAAAGAAAAAUUGUCAAGAAUAGAAAAUUUAGGUAGAAAAAUUUUAAAACUUUCUAUUUUCUUAUUAAAUUUCGAGAAAAAAAAAAAUUAAAAUUGUUUUAGUCUAAAAUAGAAAAAUUCGGUAUUAUAAUUUUUAAUUACAAUUUUCAAUUUACAAUUUUCCUAUUAAAUUUCAAAGAAAAAUGUUUUUUAGUUUAAAAUUAAAAUAGAAAGUUUAGUGUUAAAAAUAUAAUUUAUAAUUUUCAAUUUUCUUAUUAAAUUUCAAAAAAACAAACAUUUUAAUUUGAAAAUAGAAAAUUUAGGUAAUACAAUUAAUUUAGUUGAAAAAUUUUGCAUUUAAAAAUUUGUAAUUUUUAAAUACAAAAAAGAAUAACCAAUAAUUGAAUUAACUAAUAAUUUGUAAAUUAGUUAAUUUAGUUAAUUAGUUUUUAUUAAAAAUUAAUAAUUAACUAAUUAUAGCCAAUGAAUUACUUUGCAUUCGACAAAUAAUAAAAAAAAAAAAAAAAAAAAAAAA